UUGUUGUCGUCUGUGGAGGUGGAGUUUGAAAAAAAACAAUGGAGAAAAGUCGUCACAGGAAGUCUAGGAGUGCUUCCGGAAUUAUGGAAGGAAGCAAACUAGGUCAGAAACAAGUUGCUACACCAAAAGUGACUCUCAAUUCUCGUUCCUACUGUGAUGAAACUACUAGGGGAGAUAUGAUUAUGCAUGAUUUAGGGAAGAUCUCUUCCAAACGAGUUACUGGAACACCAAUUAAGAACUUGCUUGCAGAAGAAAUGGCGAAAGAAGGCGAAUCAAAGAAAAGGCCGACCAGCAUUGUUGCCAGAUUGAUGGGUCUUGAAGGGAUGCCAUCUCCGCAGCAUAUUGGUAGACAACAGAGAAGGUUUUCAGACAGCUGCCAACACAGAAAUGAACAGAUAGAUUCAAGAAGGAGGAAGCAACUAUUCGAUGAACAAUCAAGUAAAAGAAGCUCCAUGGAGCACCAAGAAUUCAAGGAUGUGUAUGAGGAUUUGGAAGCAUCACAUGUUGGCAACCGUCGCCAUUCAUCAAGAUGGAAUGAAACUGGAAGAUUUGCGACUCCUGAUAUGGCACUUAUACAGCAGAAGUUUAUGGAUGCAAAACGUCUUUCAACUGAUGAAAGGUUUCAGAACUCAAAAGAAUUUAAUGACACUCUUGAGGCGCUUGAUUCAAAUAAGGAAUUAUUGUUGAAGUAUCUUCAGGAACCAGAUUCCUUGUUUGUGAAGCACUUGCAGGAUCUGCAAGUUGAGAGUGCUAGUUCUACGUGCAGUCGCAUAGCAGUUUUGAAGCCAUCAAAUUCUGUGAAAUAUGAAGGCAGUGCCAAAUCCUCCAAAUCUGUUAGAGGCGGUUCAUGUAAACAAAGCAUCAGCUUGCAGAAAGAGCGCCUUGAUGGUCUCUUACUCCAGUCACAGCAUCGCCAUAGUGGACAUAAUUCCCAAAAGUCCUCACCGGUUCUUUCUGAAGGGAAGGAGGAAAACAUUCUACCAACAAGAAUUGUUGUUCUGAAGCCAAACCUUGGGAUAACACAAAGUAAUAUUGCUUCUGUUCCACAUCACCCUGACGUGAGGAAGCAUGCACAAUAUCAUCGUGCUUCACCUGGGGGAGCAGGAGAAGAGGAAGAGAAAAAUUCAUCCAAGAAUAUGGGGAUCACAAGGCCCAAGUCAAAUGAGGCAAGAGAUAUUGCAAAGGAAAUUACGAGGCGGAUGCGAGACUCUUUUGGGCCUUUUGAUGGCAGGGAUGCAUAUUUUAGAGGUUCUGGUGUUAAAGGAUAUGCUGGAGAUGAAAGUUCUUGUGAUGUUUAUGAAAGUGAUUCGACCGGUGACUCAGACAUUACAACUUUGUCUUGUAGGAAGUCAUCUGGUAGGGGUAAUCUGAAAAAAUCUUCAUCCCUAGGUUCUGAAUCAUCAGUGGGUAGGGAGGCAAAGAAGAGGCUGUCUGAGAGGUGGAAGAUGACUCAAUAUUAUCAAGACAUAGAAAUGGCUGGUAAGAGUAGUACACUUGGUGAAAUGCUUUCGUUACCUGAUGGGCGAAUGAAACAUGAUUAUUGUGAUACCAUGGUGCAUGUUGAAGAAGUGACUAACGAACCUGGUGGCAGGAAAGGAACUACUGAAUGGGAUUUUCCCUUGGGUAUUAGUAGCAGGGAUGGUUGGAAGGAUGUAUGUAUUAAUGAUUCAUCAGGAUACAGAUCAACUUCUCCACCUUUUUGCAGCAAAAAGCAUAGAACCAGAGCACGUCGGGAAGUUUUUUCUAAUAAGCAAUGUUCAAUUUCCAAAGAGCCUGUAAAUCGGGAACAGUCCGUAAAUCAUCACAGAAGUAGGUCAUUGGAUGGUAUGGUGAAUUUGAGAGAUGAAUUCUUAUCCAAAGACUCUAGAUCCAGCAAAAAGAAACUGCAUUCCUAUCGACUUGGUAGCGACUCCUUGUCAAAAGGCAAGCUACGCCAGAGAAUCGAUAUGAACCUAAAAGAGGACCUAUCUGAGAAGCGGUCUUUAGCUUCUCAAGUGGCUUCUGCAGAUGGCUUGAGUUAUACUAAUGCUUCAGAUGAUGCUGAAACCGAGAGUAUUACCUUAUCUUCAGAAUAUUCUGUUGAGAUGCAUUGGAAGCUACCUGCGGAAUGUGGCAAUGCUUCUCCUAUGAACCAAGAGGUCUCAAUUCUACAGGAAGCACUUCCAGAACCAUCACCACCAUCUGCUUCUGUUGUUUUGGAGUAUCCUGCACCUGAACCUGAAUCAUCAGUAAGCUCCAAGGAGGCUGAUCAUCGUAGUCCACUUUCUGUUUUGGAGUAUCCUGCACCUGAACCUGAAUCAUCAGUAAGCUCCAAGGAGGCUGAUCAUCCUAGUCCACCUUCUGUUUUGGAGGUUCCUUUUACAGAAGAUGUGUCUUCCGGUUCAGAAUGCUUUGAGAGAGUCAGUGCUGAACUUAAUGGGCUUCGCAUGCAACUAAAGCUCCUCAAGAUGGAAUCAGAGCCUUAUGCUGAUGUAAUACUAAGUGAUGACGAGGUUGAGUCCUUUGAAGACAAUUGUAGUUUAAGGUCCCAAAGCUGGCAAUCUUCUUACAUAAUGGAUGUGCUAACCGACUCUGGGUUGAAAGCAUCCGACCCUGAUACAUUCGUAACAUCUUUCCACACUUUGGAGUGUCCUUUGAGUCCAUGGAUUUUCGACAAUCUUGAGAAGAAGUACACUGAUGAAAUAACUGGACCGAGAUACGAAAGGAGGCUACUGUUUGACCGUAUAAACCUGGGUCUACUGGAGAUUGUUAGGAAGUAUGUGGAUCCCUGCCCUUGGGUGAAGCCAAUAGAGGGUAUUAACUGGAGAUGGGAGACUUAUGGGAUGAAAAACAUUCUGCAUCAAUUGCUGAGAAGCCACGAAGAUCCUGCAAACGCAGACACACCUGGUAACGUUGUGGAGGAGAUGCAUUGGCUAGCACUCAAGGAUGACAUGGACGUGACAGUUAAGGACAUUGAGGAAUUGUUGAUAGAGGACCUCAUGGAAGAAGUUGUAGGUGCAAUCUAGGUGGUAGUUUUAUACUCAAUGAUAACGAAAGAUGGAAGGUUUUAGGAGAUAUAACUAAUAAAAAUACAAAUGCUGCAUUACCUAGUAAUAACUAUAGUUUAGCUUGAUGACAUUAAAAUGCCAGUAUCUGGCAAUCGCAUUAUAUGAAAUAUUUCUGCAAGUAGAG